AUGUCUCGCUACGCUGCAGCUCAUGUCGACCCUCAAGGCCCCGGUGAUGCCCGCCCAACCGCCCUCCAAAUAGUCCAAGACGAGGACUUCAAAGGCAAACUCACCGGCAAAGUUGCCGUCGUCACUGGUGUUUCUUCGGGCCUAGGUAUUGAGACCGUCAGAGCGCUCGCAGCGACUGGUGCAACUUUGUACCUCACUGCGAGAAAUCUCGACAAGGCCAAAGCGGCACUGGCGGACAUAUUUGACUCGAGGACAAUGACUCUCGUCCAGAUGGAUCAAGCGUCACUCGAAAGUGUCCGGAUCGCUGCUCAAACCAUCCUAUCCAAAACGACCCAAAUAAGCCUUCUCGUCGCCAAUGCCGGAGUCAUGGCUAACCCAGACCUCAGGUUGACCGACAAAGGACAUGAGAUGCAAUUCGCCACAAACCAUCUGUCGCACUUCUUAUUCUUCAACCUGUUGAAGUCGGCUCUACUGGCGGGAUCGUCUUCAGCCUUCCAGUCUCGCGUUGUGAUGCUUUCUUCUGCUGGACAUCGUGUUGGCGGCAUCAACUCCUCUGACAACUACCACUAUCAGAAUGGUGGAUACAAUCCCUGGGCUGCAUAUGCGCAAUCCAAAACCGCGAAUGUCUACAUGGCCAACGAGAUUGAGCGUCGCUACGGAUCCCAAGGUCUGCACGCUUAUAGUCUCAAUCCUGGAAUUGCGGCCACUGGGAUCAUUGGUCAAUUGAGCAGCGAAGAGAUCAUGGGUAUGCUGCAAGAUAAAGCAAUGCUUAAAGCUCAGAAAGGGCUGGACCAGGGAGCAGCGACAACUAUUUAUGCGGCAAUUUCCAAGGACCUUGAGGGUAGAGGGGGGUCUGUAUCUGAAUGA